GGACCUGCUGGACCUGCUGGAUGCUGAUUGGCUGCUGCUUUCUGCUGGUGUGUUUUUGUCUUUGUGGACUUUGAUGGACGGACAGAGAGACGGACCGAUCUGGACCCUCUGAGACACACGAGUGACUCCAACAGCAGCAGGUGAGAUGGGCUGUCUGGGAGGGAAGACGGAAGAAGAACGACUGAAUGAAAAAGCAAACAGAGAAGCGAACAAGAAGAUCGAGAAGCAGCUGCAGAAAGAGAGACAGGCUUAUAAAGCUACACACAGACUAUUACUGCUGGGAGCAGGAGAAUCAGGUAAAAGUACAAUAGUAAAGCAGAUGAGGAUUCUUCACGUCGACGGCUUCAAUGCUGAAGAGAAGCAGCAGAAGAUUCAGGACAUCAGGAAGAACGUGAAGGAUGCCAUCGUGACAAUCGUGUCGGCCAUGAGCAUGCUGACUCCGCCCAUCCUUCUGGGUAACCCCGGCAACCAGUUCAGGGUCGACUACAUCAGGAGCAUCGCACCGCUGUCCGACUUCGAAUACACCGAGGAGUUCUUUGAGCAUGCUCAGAAGCUGUGGGAAGAUGAGGGAGUGAAGGCGUGCUAUGCACGCUCCAACGAAUAUCAGCUGAUCGACUGCGCCCAGUACUUCCUGAACAGGUUGGACUCGGUGAGGAGGACCGACUACACACCUACUGACCAGGACUUGUUGCGCUGCAGAGUUUUGACUUCAGGGAUUUUUGAAACCAGGUUUCAGGUGGACAAAGUCAACUUCCAUAUGUUCGAUGUAGGAGGACAGAGGGACGAGCGCAGGAAGUGGAUCCAGUGCUUCAAUGAUGUCACCGCCAUCAUCUUCGUCGCCGCCAGCAGCAGCUACAAUAUGGUGAUCAGAGAGGACAACUCCACCAAUCGGCUGAGAGAGUCUCUGGACCUCUUCAGAUCCAUCUGGACCAACAGGUUCCUGAAGACCAUCUCUGUCAUCUUGUUCCUGAACAAACAAGAUGUUCUGGCUGAGAAAAUUCUGGCUGGAAAAUCUAAACUGGAGGAUUAUUUUCCUGAAUACACCAACUACCAGGUUCCUGUUGACGGUAAAAACACACACACAUACCAACACAUACAUGUACUAACACACAUGUUGCAUGUGAACACACCUGCUGACAUCACUGACUCUGUAAUUCCAGCUGUUCCAGAUGCUGAUGAAGACCCCAAAGUGACCAGAGCCAAGUUCUUCAUCAGAGACGAGUUUCUGAGGAUCAGCACGGCCAGCGGUGACGGGAAACACUACUGCUAUCCUCACUUCACCUGCGCCGUUGACACCGAGAACAUCCGUCGCGUCUUCAACGACUGUCGUGACAUCAUCCAGCGCAUGCACCUACGGCAGUACGAGCUGCUCUGAUUGGCUGGCAGCUCACCUGGCUCUGCCCCCUGCUGAAGGACUGAUGUGAUGUGUAAUAAUCAGUGGUAAUAGGUGAUCGAUCUGAUAGAUCCUCGUGUUUCCGCUGCAUGUAACCUGACAUUUAUUGAUUAGUGAUUAUUAGGACAGAUGGAGUCUCCGUGUUGCUGUGUUUCUGUGCCUCAUGCAGGGGAUUGUGGGUAAUGCAGUUGUGAUGAACAGGCUGUGGCAGGGGCGGGGCUUAGACAUGAAAUUUGAAUAUAUUUUUACAUGUUUCUGAACUUGCUGUAGUGUUUAUUAAUAUCAUGUUUUAGAUUUAAUAACAGCUGAAUCUAAAUAAAUACUUUAAAUCCCAAAUGAG